AUGAAGAAGGCACGAGAGGGCGACCUAUCGUUCGGCACGUUCAACGUACACACGCUCGCCUACAGCGGUAGAAACCCCAUCGGUCACAACGUGAUGACGGUCAUGCAGAUUUGUUCGGCGACCGGCUGUGAUGUGAUAGGACUUCAGGAGACCCGACGAGAGGGGCAAGGUUCAAUUGCACACGACGGGUACGUGAUCAUCUGGAGUGGCGCCCGUGCUGGCACCAAGGACAAGAGGGGCGGACACGGUGUGGGCAUAGCGAUCAAGGAGGCCAUCUGGGAGAGUGUGGGCGAGGAAGGUAGGACGGUGGAGUGCAUUAGCCCGAGGCUGAUGAAGGUGCGUCUACAAAUUGGUCGCACCUGCGGAGUAACUUUCGUGGUGGGGUACGCCCCCACGGAAACUGUCCGCAGCACCGCGGGCGGUGAUGUUAACGCCAAGGACUCCUUCUGGACGGCUCUCGACGCAGCGAUCCGGGAGGUUCACAGCCGUGACCAUCUCGUGGUGCUAAUGGGCGCCAACGCACGCACUGGUAGGAGGCGAGACGGGUGCUGCGAUGCCAAGAUUAUGGGCGCGAACGGACGCGACAUAAUGAACAACAACGGGGAACGACUCCUUGAACUGGCAUCAGACAACCAACUCUCCCUGACCAACACCUACUUCCCGACACCGAAAGGUGGAGUGCAGCACACAUUCCAGAGCUCCAACAAGGGGAAGGAGAAGUACCGCCUCGACUUCAUCCUCAUGCAGGACAGCCGCCUCCCCAAGCGCAUGCUGUUAGUAGCGAUGGCGGGGGGCGUGGGAUACCGGGGCGGGCAGGAGAGCGACUGGGUGUCUCGUAAAGGAGAGGACCUCGUGGCCUUCAACAUGGGAGACGAAAAGGAAGGGGGUAAAUGGAAAGAGAGCGCCAAGGACCCGGAGGUGUAGUACAACAAGGUCGAGGACGGGGCGGCAUGGUUCAUGAGGAAAUGGCACAUGCAGG